CUAUCAACAAAUCGAGAAAACGAAAAAGCUUUCUGGCUAGGGUUUGUUCUCUACGAUCUGUGUGUGAAUGGCGAGCCUCUGCAAGGAAGGACGGGAGUCGAGAUUGGAGAAUCAAUCGCCGCCGGACAAAAGGCCUAGAAUCGAAUCCGGAGACGGUGGCAACAACUCUGUUUGUGAAGGUGGAUCCAAUGACAAAAUAUCUGAAUACGAUGAUGAUGACGAUAUGGAGAUGCCCGAAGACGUAUAUAAAGAGUAUGCUAGACAGGUUGAGGAGAGCGAGGGUUUUGAGGUCGAUGACUUCAGUCAGUACUCUAUGUUUAAUAUGGUUACACGUCUGAAAAUUAGUGACCAUUCUCGCAAUUUAGCCACUCCUUUCGCAGAGUUGGCGAUAAAGCAGUUCAACGAGAAAGAGAAUACGAAUUUUGUGUUUGUGAGGCUCUUGAUUCUAACCUCAAUGGUUGUCCGUGGUGUCGACUUGUAUAUUACCUUUGAGGCAAAGGAUGCUGAUGGUCAGAUUAAAACCUUCCAAGCUCUGGUGUUGUUAGCACCAGGAAAAGAGGAAGACGAGUUGAAAUUUUGCAGGCUGAAACCCUCGCACACCAAAAAUCAAGGUACUGAGAAUGAACAGGUUGGCAAGGCUAAUCCUGAGAGAGGCGAGAAAAUUGGGUUCUAAUCUCAGCGCUCCACCCGAAUCUAAUAUUGAGAUACAUAGUUCUUAUUGUAGCUUCCACUAGGGAUCCUUGGGAGUAUCCUUACUGUGUAUGUGUGGGCACUAUCUUUAUAUAUUAUGUAUUUAUUUAUUCUCUUUUA